AGAAGACAGGCAAUGCAAUGACUGUUUGAUAGAGGUCCGCCCUAAAAAAGCUAAGAACUUUAAGUUACAGAGUAAAUGUUUCAUAGCACCCCCUCCGCCCACCCCAACCAAAUUCAGCUGACACGGUCUUUAAAGCCACCCCAACCCGCAUUGACCUGCAGACAGCCCUCGUCUUCCCUAAAUGUAAAAGUGAAACAACUUGUGACUCCCCUCCUUCUCCUCGUCAUCAUAUCAUGUGAACGACAUUAACCUCCAGCACCGCUCUGAUUCACACAAUUCCUGAGCUCUGUGAACAUCAUCAUCAAGCCAGACACACUCCAAUUCCUUGUCUAUACUUCAAAACUCAAAAGGACUCCUCCAUCUCCAAAUCUCAAAUCCACCUCAAUGCCUCUUGGUCAAUGAAGGAUCUCUCCUUCUUCCUCCUCAAGAACUACUUUGGCGCCAAGAUGAAGAAAGGCGUGGGGACCUUCUGCCACGGCGACUCCUCCACCUCGAUCCUCAGCCAAAGCAGGACCGACCACGCCGCUGCUGCUGCCAAGGAGCACUUGAUCAUCGGUUCCCCCACUCUGAUCGGCGGAGAGUCGUCUCCCAACGGGCACACGCUGGAGGAGAUGAUACUGCAGCUAGAGCUGGAGGAAGAGAUUGCCCGGAGGGCGAAGCUGGACGGUUACUGCGGCGGGGUGCCGCAGAGGAGGAUGUCCUGCGUGAACAACUCCGACAUCUUGCGAUGCGCCAGGAAUGCACUGAACCAGUACCCGCGAUUCUCCCUCGAUGGGAAGGACGCCAUGUACCGGUCCUCAUUCCGGAACUCGGAGUGCCCCGAGAGGAAAUUGAUGGCCAGAAGAUCAGUCUGCUGCGAGCGGGACCUCAGAGGCGGGCCACAUGACAGGUCCCGGAACGAUGCCAAGUACGAUAGACCAAGCCUCUUGCCGCCAAUCCUGGCAGGAGAGAGGGUGGUCUGGUGCAAGCCAGGGGUGGUGGCCAAGCUGAUGGGCCUAGAGGCCAUGCCAGUGCCAGUGAGAAGGAAAGCGAGUAGAGAGAAGUCGAGCUUCAUGAGGAGGGAACAAGCGAGAAGGGGAGAAGAGAGACAGAUUGGUACGGACCUAAAGCACGAUCGCGAUGAAAUUUGCAGAAGGAUGAGAGGUGGUUCAUCCUCUAAGGCGUCCGAGUAUUGCGUGAUGAAGCCGAUCACAGUGGAGCCACUGGAUGUUCGCAGUGGCGAUUCCGCCGCGGGUUGGCCAAUGAGACGUUAUAGUUAAGAACGUUUGUAUGUCACAUAGACUCGAAGCGAAUCGCAACGCGGAAAAUAUGUCAAGGGGGUUGUUUUCGUAAGGUCCAAUAUGAAUGUCACAGUUUUCUGAAAUAGGAUUAAAUUUGAUCUGGUAGAAUGAAUUUGAGCGAUACCUGAUAGACCUGUUUAAUUGUGUGUUAACUUUAGUUGCAAGUUUUGCAAGAGGAGUUUCCAUGUAAUUUAAUUUUGUGUAAUAUGACAUAGGAUUUGUAAGAAAGCAAAGAAAUUAGAUAGUUUGCCUGA